AUGUACUAUGUCCUGUACCUUGCGAGUCUCUGCCGACGCCGUCACUGGCCGGAGCCGAUCUACGAAUCUUACGCCAGCACUACGGGAUACACCUGUAUCGUUCGUGUUAACAACCGCGAGUACCAGACGGAUAUUGUUUGCGAUUCUGAUACCCUGGCUCAAGAAAAUGCAGCCAUGCGGGCCUAUCUCAUCUGUCGUAACUUCUCCGUCAAUGAUGGCAAGUAUCCGGCGGGCCACGACCACGGCGGGAUCGUACAGGGGAUCCCCGUAGCCAUCGGCAAGGGAAGAAGAUCCCGCUACGCAGAUGACAGUGACAUGUCGACGAGCGAGGGCAGCCGAAGCGGAGGAAGCAGCCCUGAGAGCUACGAAGGCGGGCGACUGGGUCGUGACCGGCGAUCGGUUGGCCCGCCGAGGGCGCUUGCAUUCAGCAGCCGGGACUUGUAA